CAAUACCAUGGCUGAUCCUGAGGUUGCCUGCAGUGUCUGUGCUCGGAAAGCAUCCCACGAAGGUGCGCGAUGUAAGACGCAGUGGUACUGCUCUCGCGAUUGUCAAAAGGUCGACUGGAAGACACACAAGAAGGGUUGCGGCCAGCACGCCAGCUCCUCUACCGCCCAGUUAGCGCAAUUUGAAGCCAGCAGACCCAAGAACCUUUCCGACUUUAUCGAAAAGCCCUUCACAGCGCUGCAGAACAAGACCUGGCUCCACAAUCGACACGAAGCGGACGUCUACCAGCUCCUCAUCGACUGCUACCGCCUCCGCAUGGACGACCAGUACAAGUUCCAGGGCGAGGUCGACCCGGACUCCAUCUACAGCGGCGAGGGAGGUCCCGCGGGAGGCGAGUCGGUGUUGCCCGCAUGGUGGUCUGAAACCAAGGCGGAGGACUGUGUGGCCUUUGGGCUGAAGUCGCGGUCGGAGUGGAGCUCCUUGGCUUGUGCCGUGGAGAAGAGCGAGGUGAUCGAACAUUAUGGGGAUCCCACUUUUCCGAUGCAGUUACGCAUGUUGGGGGAGCAGAUCUACGGUACUGGCCCCGGGGAUAUGAUGGGAGGCAGUGGUUCUGGAGCGAUGAUGUUGUCGAUGAUGGUCAUGAAGGAGAACGGAGAUAUCAAUGUGGGAUUGUUGAACACUGCGUUCUAAUUUGACGUUGUUUCUGGGUUGUUGAGGCAGGGACUCUGCUUUGGAUCUUCCUAGUUUGUCCGUGGAAUGUUCUCGCAACUCAUCGCCUCGUCUGGCACGUUCAUUAUCUAUCGACUCUUCAGCUGGAUAAACCAGAUUACGAAGUUCAGCAUCUGUCACACAUUAAGAAUGGUGUGGUAUUGUUUCUACCGGAUUUGCAACAGGCAACUUACAUAGGAUGAUGGGGUGUCGUUGGGAAGCUUCAUGUUGGAGAUUUGCUUGAAACUG